CUGCGGUUCCUGCCCGGCGUGCGGGCGCUGUGACUGCUCCUCCGGGGCGGACUGGCGCCUCGGCUGCACGUCGACGCCUCCCGUGCGGGGACUCCGUGGCGUCGCAUUCCCUCGGAGCGGGAGACACGCACCUGAAGCUCUGGGGCUGGCGGCCGCUACGGCGCUUGCUCCGGUCUCCGGCGCAGUCCGGGUCUCCGCGGCCGCACGGUGCGCCCGGGAGAGUGCGCCGCCCCGGGCGCGGUAGAGCCCAGGCGACAAGGACCGGGCGGAUCCUGCGCCCCCUGCCACGGGCCACAGAGGGCCAGCCGGGCUGCGCGCGGCGGAGUUGCUGCGCUUCUUAGCGCGCCGAAGCCCCAGAAGACCCCUGCCUCCUGCGAGCCAAACAAACUGAGUCCUCUGAUUUCAACAGUGGAACACAACUUUGGCGCUGGGGAGAGGCCAAGAAAGGAGAGGGAAUCUCCCAUAACGACGUUUGAACUGAGCACAUUACUGGAACGCAGAAAUACUUUUUUGGACAACUGUUUCUCCAAGGACGGUGAAGCCCUCGAGCCCCAUGUGACUGCCUGUGAAGAGCUGCCUUCGUCCGCUGGCCCCCCGGCUCCACCAUGGGUCCUGCAGGAAGCACACUGAGCGCUGGGCCCCUUCAGAUGCAGAUGGUUCUCUGGGGAAGUCUGGCUGCCGUGGCCAUGUUCUUCCUCCUCACCUUCCUCAUCCUUCUGUGCUCCAGUUGUGACAGAGAGAAGAAGCCAAAGCAACACAGCGGGGACCAUGAGAAUCUAAUGAACGUGCCUUCUGACAAGGAGAUGUUCAGCCAUUCAGCGACCAGCCUGACAACAGAUGCCCUGGCCAGCAGUGAACAGAACGGGGUGCUCACCAAUGGCGACAUUCUUUCAGAAGACAGCACCUUGACCUGCAUGCAGCAUUAUGAGGAAGUUCAGACCUCGGCCUCCGAUCUUCUGGACUCGCAGGACAGCACAGGAAAGCCCAAGAGCCAUCAGAGCCGGGAGCUGCCAAGGAUUCCCCCAGAGAACGCCGUGGACGCCAUGCUCACAGCCAGGGUGGUGGAGGGGGACUCAGGGCCCGGCAUGGAGGGGCCCUACGAGGUGCUCAAGGAUAGCUCCUCCCAGGAGAACAUGGUGGAGGACUGCCUGUAUGAAACUGUGAAGGAGAUCAAGGAGGUGGCAGACAAAGGGCAGGCUGGCAAGUCCAAGUCCACGUCCGCCUUGAAGGAGCUUCAGGGUGCCCCCGCAGAGGGAAAACCCGACUUUGCUGAGUAUGCCUCUGUGGACAGAAACAAGAAGUGCCGCCAGAGCGUCAACGCAGAGAGCAUUCUGGGAGCGUCCAGUGACCCGGAAGAGGAAGCCCCCCCACCUGUCCCGGUUAAACUUCUGGAUGAGAAUGCAAACCUUCCAGAGAAGGCAGAGGCAGAGGCAGAAGAGCAAGCUCCGGAGGGGACCAGUGGACACAACAAGAGAUUUAGUUCCUUGUCAUACAAGUCUCGGGAAGAAGACCCGAAUCUUACAGAAGAGGAGAUCUCGGCCAUGUAUUCCUCAGUGAAUAAACUCGGACAGUCAGCACACAAACCCGGACCAUCUCCGAAAGGGUCAGAGUUGACCUGCCAGUCCAUGCAGGUACCCCCUCAGAGGUCAUCCUCUUCCUGUAAUGACCUCUAUGCCACUGUGAAAGACUUCGAGAAAUCUCCCAACAGCCUCUGCACACCUCCCCCAGCAAGGAGGCCCAGUGAGGAACCCGAGCCUGACUAUGAAGCCAUACACAAUCUAAACAGAGAGGAAGAAAAGGUCCCUCUGGAGACCAAUGGCCACCUCGUCCCCAAGGAGAAUGACUACGAGAGCAUUGGGGACUUGCAGCAAUGCAGAGAUAUCACCAGGCUUUAGCAACCCAGAAAGAAGUCUCAAAGAGCCUGUGAUGGGGCUCAUGCAGGACCACUCGGCUGUGGAAUGAUAAGACAUCAAUGUCAUGUUGCUUUAGUUAACCCAAGUCAAGCACAGGGUCACAGCUGUUCCCCAGUUUCUGAAGCAGUAAGGUAUGGACCCACCUGUCAGGGCAGGACCCCUUGCUCACGAGGACCCCCAGGUAGAUGUGACCUCCACAUCCCACAGAGGAAGGCAGGCUGUGAGGGGAAGCUCCACCGGCCAGUGCUGGAAUUCCAUCUGCCUGGGAUACCUGCUGCCUUGUGGAGCCAGGUUUCCUUCCUCACUCUCCUCCUCUGCUACCAGAGCUAAAUCAUCCCGCCUUCCACCACUUGUGACCUGGCCACAUCUGUGCUUCAUCCCAAGGAGGGUUUCCCACAGGCUUGGCACCAUCUUCCGCUGGAUGCUAGGAUGGUGAGAACAGGCUGCUGGUCCCACCGGCUUCCCAGAUCUGCCUGUUUGUCCCUGGGCAUCUGGACGGUACAGGCUAUAGGUUGGGGGUGGGGUGUCCCUGGAGGCUCUAGGGUCUUUUCUCCUAAUUGUGACAGCGCACCUGCAAUCUUUCCACUGUAUUUGAGGUAGUUUAGAUGCUUUUCCUAUUUUUCCUGUUCAAACCUUCCCCCACGGUGUUCGGAAAGCUUGUCAGAGUUUCGGAACUCCCAGUGACAACCAUGGUACUUCUGACGUUGUUUAAGCCCAGCGCUCUUCCUUCCAAACAGAGCCUUAACGUUUAUGUUGGGACCCAGACCACAUGUGGGGACAGCAGCCAUGGUGUCUAUCCCCAAAGGGCUGCGGACAUGAAUUUGUAUUCCCAGUGAUCUCUGCUCCCCACAUGUGUGACUUUCCUGUCAUUGAUGGUAAUCUAAGAGUAAAGUGUAAACAUUUAUUUUAUUAUAUAAAUUUAUAAGAUGUUUUAUGUUCAUGCCUAAUUUCUAGAAAGUGCCAGAAAACGCAACCUCUUCUAAACUAUUUUGAUUUUAUGUACGAUGAUUUAUACUCUCAAUUUGAAAAGGCACCGUACAGCACAUAAGCUAGAUAAUUAUGAGCAGUUUCUAUUCUUUUCUCUAACAAAUAACAUAACAUUGAAGACUUGUAAGAACUCAGCUUUCCAAAUGGUAUUGGGAGCUCCAGAUUCAGAACACCCAGACCACUGGUGACACACCAGCAGUAAUGACCAUGUCAAAGUGACAGACACCACUGAGACAGUCAGUGCUAAAAAGAGAGCAAACUCUGGCUUCAAAAGUUUGAACUUGCUGAAGGGCUCAGACUCAUUAACAUCUGAUAUCUCUAAGAACCUCAGUGGAGGUGUCCACCGUGCGGCACUUGCCAGUGCAAAUUGCCUGUUAGACUUUUUUUUCCUUCAUUUAACAAAAAUCAGUGGUUGAAGUAGCUCAGAUUACCAGUUCAGCCUGCUUUCAAUUCAAUCAUCUCUCUAGAUCUUCCAAGGCCAACAUUGGGAACCGUGUUCACUUUUCAGUCUUAGAAGAGCCUAGCCAAAGUGCAGGCAGGAAGCCUUCCGGCACUGAUACAGACAGAGGCCAUUCCCCGCUCCUGCUGUGACUUCUGACCCUAACCACGUAAUAACCACGCUGUUCUCCCUCCUGUGAGACUCCCAGAGUGUGACUGGGAGGGUGAAGUGCCCAGCUGUGGCCUGUGUUCCCAUCCCUGUAUUCAUGAACUGUCUUUAUCGCUGCUGUGUAUCAGGCUUGUGGGGCUGUAAACUCUUGUGGGUGGUGUCAGUCAGCCCAGUCCACCCAUGAAGAUGCCACACAGAUAAACAGAACCACUGCCGAUCAGACGGUAACAAGCAGGGCACCUCGCUGCCCCAGGAGCAGCAGAGGGCAAGGAUCUUCCACAAACACAGACUUCCACCGCUGUGUAUCAAUGAGUUUGACCCAAGCAUCUCCCGGGUCCCAAGGGUCCCUCUAGUACCUGGUGCUACCCCUGACACACAGCCCUCCCAGCCUGUGCUGGCCACACUGCCAAUCCUUCACAGGCACCUUCCAGCUCACAAGUUUGAUUGUGCUUUAUAAAAAGUCUUACUUAGCAGGUAAGCUGGUGUGGGCGCUGAAGUAUUUAACUUUCUUUAAAGACAAACUGAUUAUAAACAAUCAUGUCAUCUUGAUAUCUCAUCAUCAGAAUGUCCCCCAAGUUUUCAGAUAUCAUAUGCAACAUCGUUGUAAAAUGUGCACUGAAAUCGUGCUGCUGGCUUGAGCAGCGGAGACUGAGUUGUGGCGGAGAGCGCCCUGAGUGUACUUUUCAAGGGACUGGGCAGAGGAACGGGCGAGGAGGAGCUUUGCUCGGCCGAGCUCGGUACAUAAUUGCUAUGUGUUUAUUGCUGUGCCAUCGUUGUUCGACUCGAUUACCCAGGGUUUCUCCGCUUCAUUUUGUGGUGUUGUAACUUUUUACUCCUUUACUUGACUCAAAAUCUGUGUUCCUGUCUGAGCUGGACAGAGCCUGUGGUUGUUUCAAAGUCUUAGCCUAAAUGUUACAGAGUUUAAGCUGGUGAAGGUAAUAAUCAAAGUAGACCACACGGUACACAGAAGCCCUCACCGCUGGCCUCCGCAGUGUGCAUCCGAGCAUAGCCAGCCUAUGUGAGUCAUCCCCAAAGAAAAAUAAAUCAUAAGGUUUUCCCUUUAAAUCAGAAUUAUAAUUCUGUCUAGAUCAGAAGCAGCUAUUUCUUUUUCUUUAAAUACUUUUAAAAGUCUGAAAGCAUUUUCUGCUGCUUCACGUACUUUCCAAGUGUAAACUUUGAGAAAAGCAGGCUUUCUUAUAGGAAAUAUUCCAGAAAUUCUAAAAGGAAGUCAUUUCUAUAAAUAUGUUUUUAAUUUGUGCAUAUUUUUAAUUUGUCCUUUUCUAAAUCAUGUCAAUAAGUCUAAAACUUCUAAAUAAUACAAUAAUCUUUGUGAGAAAAAAGUUUGUGUGUUUUCUACAGUAAAUUCAAUGGAAUUGGAUUCUUCCACAGUAAAUUCUAACUGAAUACUUAAUAACAAUAGGCCAUGAACACAGAACUAAAGUCUCCCCCAGCAUGCCAAGGUGCUUUUGAUUAGAACACUCCCUGCCUUCACCAGCGAUAAACUAUAUGUAUACGUGUGUGUGUGUGUGUGUGUGUGUGUGUGUACACCUAUGUAUGUAUGACGUGUUGCUGGCUCUGGCACAGCCCUGGUACUAAAUAGGCUGUGUUCUAUUAUAUGUCUGGAAAGUUUAUCCUACUGGUGUGAUAAACUUGUGUCAUAACAACAGAAUUAAAAGAAACCAUUCUCCAUCAGUUUCACUUGGUAAUUAUGGAAUACCUUUCUGAGAUGCUUUUAUUUGGUUUUCCCAAUGAAUACAUUCAGAUUUUAAAUUGUGUUCAUAAUUCUCCCAGUGCAAAACAAUGCUGUCUGAAGAUGCCUUUGUUAUGCUUUGACUCAAUGCAUAUUCAGUCUGAGAAAAGGAAUGUAAACAGGUGUGCUACUCAGUGUGUGUCAAGGAAGAGAGGAAGCCAGAAGCAGCCGCAGAGAAGGCCUGAGCCUGGCUGGCAGGCAGGCAGCCUCCUAGGUAGCCCAGGCCAGUUAUCAUGUGGGGGAUCUUAGUUUAUUCCGUGUGAAAAGCCGAGCAUUUGCUGCAGGAGCAGCAGGUGAUGGUGGAGUAUGGAUGUCCGAAGCCUGUCUUGUGAUUCCAGACAGAAGCAGGAUUUCGUAGAUGGGCAAAUGACAGUAAUCCCUGUGAUCCGGGCUACAUUCUUCUGAAAGUGUUGGUCUCUGGUACACCCACAGCUUAGGCUGGCUGCUGGAGUCACAGUCUGUGUUGAGGGUUAUUGCCUGGAAACCCUGACAGUAUAAUGUGCUGUGCCAAGGGGACAUGGGAAGUGUGACGCUGGUGUCAGCGAGUAGCUGCUGGGAAAACAUGGUUACAUGUAGACAGAGUCAAACGUGGAUUUCUUUACAGCGGCACCCGCGUCUUCUGCCUUGCUGGGGCCUGUCUGUUCCUCCGGGCAUUACUCCUGACAGGGCAUCAAAGAAGCUGAAAACACUCUCACGCAAGAACUUCACUUAGAGAAGCUGGCACAGAACCCAGCAAAAUUAGCAUUUUUAUCUGGAAUUAGGUAACAGAAUAUUAAAUACCAUGGUCCAGAAGAGAAAGAACAUCUGUAUGGUUUUUAUCCUAUUUUUGCUCAUUUUCAAGCCUUUUUUAUUUUUUAUAUUUUAUCUCUAAAUAUUUAUAUUUUAUUGUUCUUCAAGUUCUUUUAUUUAACUGAGAAAUAUUUGUUUAGAUUCUUUGUAUCAGGUGAACUGGAAGUACAAGUCUGUUUAAAGGUGAUCCUGCAGAUCAUUCCCUUUAAAUUCAUUUAUCCUCGGCAGACUUUCCCCGUGGGCUGUCACUUGUAUUCUGUAGGCUUUGUUUUAAGAUCUAGGAGCUGGGCAUGGUAGCUCUGCCUGUAAUCCUAUAACAUGGGAGAGUGGGCAGAAAGAUGCGAGUUCAAGGCCAACCUGGGCUACGUGGAAAGACCCUGUUUCUACAUUAUUCUGGUUCUCUCAGUCAGUUUAUAUGUGCUGUAAAGUUGGUGACCGCCCCUCCUCAGACUCUGCGCUGAGCUGGCGCAGGAGAAUGCUACCGUGUUGUCACCGGCAGCCCAGUGUUUUUCAGGGGAGUCUGAUACAUACACUGUCAUAAGCAAGUCUGUUUUUCUCGUUUAAGCACUUUCCCUCGUGAGGGCACUUGAACGUAGCAUGUCUCUUGGGUUCCCAACAGUUCAAAGAUUCUUCUUACGCAAGAAUAGUACGAAGUAACUCAAGACUCAGAUCCAUCAGCAGCUGUCUGUGGAUCUCUGUAACUGUCCGAUCAUCCAGUCCACAGAGGAGUGAAGAGGUUUUCAAAAGUGAAAAUGCUCAAACCUUGGUUUUAUAUGUGCAGAACCAUCCACACUGCCUCAGAAUUUUACAGCGUCCCUAACUCUGGCGUCUCAAGGAGGCAGAAGCACCAGGGUGUAAGGGUCGUUCUUCCCGCCUCCCUUUGCUUGCUCCUGCCCGGAUGGCCAUCUGUCCAUUUGUCCAUCUGUCUCAGGGCCUCUUCCCCACCCACGGCCUCUUCCCAGCUACCCGUCUAUGCUGUAUCUCAGGAUGUCCUGUCUCUCCGACCAAGGAUCUCCAGCCAACGUGGAACCACUGACUGUGGCUCUGGAGUGACCACCUCUAAUUCCCUGCUUCUCAGGCCUCCCAGGAAAGGUCACGUCGUGACCUGGAAGUACACAUAGACAGCUUUGCACAUUCCUGACACAGCUCCAUGUUUUCUGCGUAAAACGCGCUGGUGAACCUGACUGUGACAUUCCCCAUCACUUGGGCCUUUUCCUAAAGUCGGUCUAGAAUAUCAGUUCCCUGCUACUUGACCGAGGGCUGCCACUCCCCAGAGGCCUGUGCAACCAUUCCCAGUGUUUAUCUGGUGGAGAUGCUAUAUGGAAAAAGCCUGGAGCUCCAAUCAUUCUGAGUAUUUUUAGUAUUUUUUUUUAAAGUAUCAAAUACACCUUUGACUCUGAAGAGGGACAGAAAAUACAACCUGAACUAAGUGUUGUGUAGUGUCCUGAUUCUGUUUGUCUCUAAAAAACAUACUGCCCGGCUCCCAUCAGCCACUUGGAAUCUCUUAAAGCAGUGGUCUCAACCUCCCUGAUGCUGUGACCCAUUAAUGCAGUUCCUCAUGCUGUGGUGACCCCCCCCCCAUAAAGUUAUUUUGUUGCUCCUUCAUCACAGCAGCCUUGCUAGUGUUGUGACUUGUAAUGUAAACGUCUGAUAUGCCGCCCACAGGAGUCAGCACCCAGAGGUUGAGAACCACUGUCCCAAGUGUAAACAGUAAGUGUGUAUAAAUGAGGACAGUUAACUCACAAUGUAAACGUGUUCUUUAGAUAUUUUCUUUGUGACUCAAGAGUAAGCCAAGUUUGUGGGUAAUGUAGUAUGGUCAUUAAAUCUAAUCUGUAAGCCAGGAGAAGCAGCCUUUCGAGUGUAUGUUUUCUAAAGACUGUGACUGUUCCAGCUAGGAAGAUCAGCUCCUGGAAUAAGAACAUAACUCCUAUAGCCUUUCUAGUAGAAAAUGGCGUCUGUCUGCCAUUGUACCAGGGUGUUUGUUCCUGCCUAUAGUGUUUCAAUAGUUUGUAUGUGGGGAGAGCACAUUUUACAAUUUCUUGGAAAAGUGAAUUUAUGUGCUGAAUUAAAUCCUCCAGUUUAGUCUAAAGAGAAUUACUGGUUUUGGAGACAAGAGCACAGGGCUGUGGUCCCUGUCCCAUCAUCGACUUUACUAUGUGACCUCAAGCAAUGACUGAACUUCUCUGUGCCUCAGUUUCUCCAUAUUACAAGAUGGGGAUAAUGAUAAUCAACCACUGCCUACCUCAUAGGGAUGUUGAGGACAAGUAGGGUGACAGAUAAGUGUGGGUGCUUGGCCCUCCUUGAAGGUGCUACAUAAACUGCGGCAGCAUUGUUUCUAAUGAUCCAGUUCAUUGUAUUUAGGGUUAGAUAAUAGCAAUACUUCUUGUCGUGUUUCAAUUUGAGGCACAUUUCUUCUCUUCUAUAGCCAGAUCCCGAGUUUCCAUUUAUUGAUGGUACCUAAGGAACUGACACGGGUGUUUGUUUUCUGUCUGAUGGUAAUAUGUCAAUUCUGAAUAGUCAUAAAGGUUGGACUUUAACUUGUGAUGUUUUCUAGUUUACAUGUAAUGAACCUUAUUCAAGUUGUGUAUUAAAAGUAUAAUUACUUGUAAAUAACAGGUACGUUGUAAUUAAAGGCACUUAUCAACUUGUCUUUGUUCUUUUUAAAUUGUAAUAAAGGUCAGU